AUCCACGGCACCUUCCACAUGCAGAAGACCGGCAGCGCGGCCGCGGUCCAGGCCGCGGGGCGCGGCCCGCAUGUCCCCAAACUGUACAAGUGCGCCUCCUGCCUCAAGGAGUUCCGCUCCAAGCAGGACCUGGUGAAGCUGGACAUCAACGGGCUGCCCUAUGGGCUGUGCGCGGGCUGCGUGAACCUCAGCAAGAGCGCUAGCCCGGGCCUCACCGUCCCGCCCGGUGCCGCCAGGCCGGGCCUGGGCCAGAACGAAGGCCUGGGCGCCCUCGAGGGGAAAGGCAAGGCCGGGGGGCCAAAGACACGCUGCUCCAGCUGCAACGUCAAGUUCGAGUCUGAGAGCGAGCUGCAGAGCCACGUGCAGGCCGUGCACCGCGAGCUGCUGCCUGACGGCGGCGCACAGCUGAAGACGCCGCAGGUCUCGCCCAUGCCCCGGAUCAGCCCCUCCCAGGCGGACGAGAAGAAGACCUAUCAGUGCAUCAAGUGUCAGAUGGUUUUCUACAACGAAUGGGAUAUUCAGGUGCAUGUUGCAAAUCACAUGAUUGAUGAAGGGCUGAACCAUGAAUGCAAGCUCUGCAGCCAGACCUUCGACUCCCCGGCCAAACUGCAGUGCCACCUGAUCGAGCACAGCUUCGAGGGCAUGGGGGGCACCUUCAAGUGCCCCGUGUGCUUCACAGUGUUUGUUCAGGCAAACAAGUUGCAGCAGCACAUUUUCUCAGCCCACGGACAAGAAGACAAGAUCUAUGACUGCGCACAGUGUCCACAGAAGUUUUUCUUCCAAACAGAGCUGCAGAAUCACACGAUGACCCAGCACAGCAGUUAGUGGGAGCGCCGUCGGUGGAGACUUCCUUCUGAGGCACAAAAAGGGAACAUGUUUCACUCUUUGCACGAACCCCUCCUUGUUCAUGUAUAUUAUUCGGAGCAUUGUAUUGUACCAUGAACUUGUAUUACCCAAACGCUGGAUGUUCAUGUGUGUGAGCCUGGGAGCACCGGAUAGACCCUCUGUAUAUAAAGUGUUGCACAUGUAUGAUGUCGUCGGAACUGACACGGUCUUACAGAGAUGAGUUGACUUGGGCCCUGCUCAGGCAAGAAAGGAAAAGACCGAGCGGACGGCUUCAGAGGAAGUAUUUCCAAGCAGGCCGAGGUCACACGCCUGCGUCCCGCAGGAGGCAGCGCUGGGACUUGCUGUCACGGACCUGCAGCCCAGGCUUUCUCUUUUUGGUAAGUCAGCGUUAAAUCCGAGACUAUUUUUUCACUGCGAAGACUCUGCGAGCCACGAAGAGACGUCUCACAGAGAGCCCGCCGCCGAUACGGCCCGUCUAUAUAUUUGUACGCCUUGCCAUGUGACCGGUAGCAUCACUAUAUAUGCAAUAGUUGUCAUGUAGACUGUCAGCGAGUUUUUCCCGGAGACGUUUGAGGCUCUGAGUGUUCAAGGUUUCCCGUAUGAUUUCUCUCAGCCAAACGCCCGAAUCGGUUGGACUAACCUGUAUGUUACUGUUACUCAUGUUUACUCCGCGCCCUGGACCUGGAGAUGACUGGAAUUGUUUUCCAAGAGGAAAUAAAUUCAGUUUACCGUUCGGUCUGA